AUGCGUGGGGGGUGGUCUGGAUACCGGUUCAAUCGAGAGGAUUCUUAUUAUCAUCCGUGGUACAACUUCAAGUACUGGGGAAAGAAAGCUUGGGCGGGGGCUAUUGCGGUAGUGGUUCUGAUAAUUGUCAUCAUUAUCAUUAUUGCCGUGGAAGUCACGAAGAAGAACGCAUAUCCAGACUACACCAAGCUGAAUUACAGUCUUGCUGAGACAUAUUCGGGCUCCUCCUUCUUUGACAACUUCGACUACUUCACCGGCUACGACCCCUCCUCCGGCUUCGUCCACUACGUCCCCGAAGCCCAAGCAACCUCCCUAAACCUCACCUACGCCAGUAGCUCCUCCGCCGUCCUCCGCGUCGACACCUCGGUUGGGCCCGGCGCCAACCCAGACGCCUCAACCGGCCGCUUCUCCGUCCGUGUCUCCUCCAAAAACCAAUACGGCCUUAACACCCUCUUCAUCUUCGACGUGAUCCACAGCCCGAUCGGUUGCGGCACCUGGCCAGCACUCUGGCUCACGGAUCCCGCGAACUGGCCUUACAAUGGCGAAAUUGAUGUCAUGGAAGCGGUUAAUGUGGUUUCUACUACUUACAACCAGAUGACGCUGCACACGUCGUCUGGCUGCAGUAUGGGCGUCAAGCGCAAGGAGUCUGGAAAAGUUUUGGCGACGAGCUGUGUAAACACCACGAACGACAAUGCAGGCUGUGGCGUUGACGCAGGAUCUACCACCUUUGGAGCAGAUUUCAAUAGUGCCGGAGGCGCCGUCCUAGCAAUGGAACUCCGAACAGCAGGCAUCAGACUCUGGCAAUUCGGACGCAACUCGAUUCCGUCUGAUAUCACGAGCGGCGCUCCAGAUCCAAGCACCUGGGGCGAGGCGACGGCGGACUUCCCCAGCACGGAUUGCAAUAUUGGGAAUCAUUUCAAGAAUCAGAGUAUUAUUGCUAACAUCGAUCUGUGUGGGACCUGGGCGGGGGCGACGAACGUGUUUGGGGAGACUUGUUCUGGUUCUUGCACGGAUUACGUGGCGAAGAACAAUGGUUCGUUCGCGGAUGCAUAUUGGGAGUUUGGAGCUUUCAAGGUCUACUCCGCCUCGUGA